AUGAAGACUUUUCAAGUUAACAUGAUGCAGUUUCAACAUACAAACAUGGAGACUGUUUUCAGCAAGCAAGUUCCAAUCAUCAUGAAGGCACCAGACAGAGAAGAAAGGAAAGUAUUUGUACACCUUCACAUCUUAAUGCAGAGCCUCAAACGGGAUUCCACAAAGGAUUUGAUAGUAAAAUUGACUGAUGAUGAGGAUUUGCUGUUUCUGUACACACUUCGGUUAGCAGAAAAUGACUUUCAUAGUCUGAAGAUGCAGCAGGGAUUGCUGGUAGAUUUUACUGCUUUCCCUCAAAAGUUUGUGGAUCUUCUAGAAAUGUGCAUCAGAGAAAACUCCAAGGACAAUCCAAAAUUUGUCAUUCAUUUUGUUAAUGGAGGCAGCACAGUACUAUCAGGAUCAGAUGCACCUGCUGUAAUGAACAUAGUGGAAAUUAAUCCUUUCAAACAUCUGAACCAUCUCUCCCUCAAGUAUUUGCCGGGCUCAGAUGCUGAUGUGAAAUCACAUCUGGCCAGUUGCCUGAAGCAGAUGAAGGAAACUAACAGUUUGAUCCAGCACAAAUUUGAGCACACAUAUAAAGAAUUAAGCAGCCAGCUUCAGGAAACUCAAGAGCGUUUGGUCACAAAAACAGAGGAACUGGAAUCUCUUAAACUAGAAUGGUCAUCUCGUGUUGCAGAAAUCACAGCGAAAAAUAAAGAGGCUAUGGCUGUUGAGAAGGAGAAGACAGUCCAGUUUCAGUCAAGCCUUCAGACACAGUUUGACAGAGAUCGCAGGGAACUUGAACAGGCCCAUUCCAAGUUAGUUAAACAGCUGGAAACUCGUCUUGAGGAAUAUGAACUUGCUAAUAAAGAACUGACAGACAGAAAGUACAAAUCAGAUUCUUCUAUCAGAGAUUAUAAAUCUAAACUGUCUGCAUUAGAAGAAGAGAAUGCCAGAAUCAAAACAGAGCUGCAUACUUUGAGAAAGGAGCAUUCUUCUCUAGAAAAGACAUGCCAGGAAAAAGACAAAUCCAUCAGUCAUCUGCAAACCCGAGUUGCUGUUUUGGAACAGGAAUUGAAAGAUAAAGUGGAGCUUGCAUCAAAGACCAAUGAUCUGUUUGACCUGGAGAAAGACAAAAAGAAACAUUUAGAGGCUGACUUAGAAAGUAAAAAUAAAGAAAUUAGCAAGCUGGAAGCAAAACUCAAAGCUAUGGGAGAGGAACUGAAGAAAGGCAAUAAUAUUAUUGAAAAAUUUCAGGCAAGGGUAAAAGCUGACAGUUCAAAGAUAAAAAUGUGUAGACAGAUAACAACAGAGCAGGAGAAAACUCUGGGAGAAAAAAUCAAUGAACUUGAGAAACUUCGUCAAGAACUGACAGCAACAAAGGAUAAGCUGCGAGAAACCGAAGAUCAGAAUCACCGGUUGAGUACAAAUCUGGAAACAGCCACCAAGGCACUGGAAGAUAGCAAGAACUUACUAAUAAAAAAUGAAAACAUGAUGGAGUGGCUGCACAGACAGAUUAAUGAGCAGAAAAUCAGUCAGAGUCAUCUGGGAAACUUUGAGCUUCCAUCAUCAUCAUCCCUGCAGCCGAGGCCUGCUGCUCACAACUACAGCACUUCUAGUCAUGGAUCUCUUGGGCCACAGGAAAGUUUGAGACCUCAGACACUGCCUCGAGUGACAUCAACAACUUUGGGUGCUCAGUUGCAGCAGACAGAGCAGCAGUCAGGACAUGUUCCUGCUGGUAGCCAGCAUCCAGGAAAUCCUGUAGGCUUCAGGAAAAGUGCUAUACCUGUUAUACAGAGUCAGACCAGCACAUCUCCCACAUCUCAGAACACUUUCAACAAUAGUGGAGGAGCAGGCAGAGAUGGAAAUCUGCCAUUAGAUCCCAAGUUUCUGAUGAAAAAAGAGGAGGCUAUUCCUGUGAGAGGUAUAUUAAACUAUAACAGCAGCAGUAUGAAGUCUUCUACUGUACCUUCAGUGACAUUGUCAUCUGCGACGUCUUUAAGCCACCCACAGCAGAAUCAGUCUGCUGUAUCAGCAGUAUCAUCCUCAUUAGACUCACACAGGUCUUCAGUAGCACAGCCACAGACAACCUUAAAGCCUAUAGGGAAUCUUUUAGAUAAUGGUGGUUUUAGACUGAGUCAGCAAAUGAUUGUUCCAAAGCCGCAGCCCCCUCUUGUGUCAGCUUACUUCCCAUCUAAUUCCUAG